AUGCCCAUACCUUUCCUUGGCUCUCCCCUGGUCUGCCUUCGCGUCCAGGCCUCCGAUCGUGACGGCAUCCGCGACGCAAUCAUCUCGACCCUGGCGCCUGCUGCCUCCUCGCCAUCCCCUCUCCGCGGUCGCUGGCAACUAUCCCCGCGGUCUGCCUCUGCCUCUGCCUCUGCCUCGCCGACCCUGUUCCUUCAUCUCGCACUGACCCUCACCCCGCUGGCUGGACGACCCCUAUGCGGCCCCAGCGCGCGAUCGUUUCGCGCGCUCGUCCGACGCGUGCAAUGCGUCCGGCGGGUCCCGCGGCACGCCGCCUCGGCCACGUUGUCCCACCGGGGACGCGUGCAGAUGACCCGCGCACAGUUAUCCGCACCCCCGUUCUCCUGCCCACCCACCCACUCGCGCGCCCCCGCACCGCACGCACCCCCCACCGCGCUUCUAGCCCCAAAUCCGCCCGCGGCCCGCGCAUCUGACCCGUCCCGUGCUGCCUCCAGCGACCCACACCGCGUCACCACCCCCACCCUCGCCAUCCCUGUCACCCACCGUCACCAGCGAGCCCCGCGCGCGUGCGCCCCUAUUACGCACUCGCACUCGCACCCGCCGUCGCCCGUCGCCUCCUGA